AUGAGAGAAGGUGGUAUGUUGCAUUCUAUAAACGAAGGUAAGGAACGUGAUGAGAAAACAAAUGAUACAAGCGAUAGGAAGGAAGGUAAAGUUGAUGGCUGCUUUGAUAACCAUUGUGUUCGCGAAAAGGAAGACGAUGAUACGUAUGUAAUAGAUGAACAGAAAAAAGCUGCAAAUGCACAGGAAAAUAAUGAUAUAAGCGAUAGCUAUAUAAAAUAUUUAGAAUGUAUAAAAAAUAAUUGGUCAUCUUCUCAAGCAUCGAAAUUAUUAAAUAACAAAUUAAUGAAAUAUAUAUCUGAACGAUUUUUAUAUAUGUCUAGUUCCUUAAAAGUACGAGUAUUAACGAGUUUUUUCUACUUACCUGAUAAAUUAAGAAUAGAAAAUGAACGUUAUUUGUUAUUAAUCACAGCAAAUGGUGAAAUUGAUGGUAAUGGAUGGGUUAAAAAAUUUAGCAGAAUCUUAAAGCCAUUUAUUAAAACAGGAAUAAUUGAUAUUAAAGAUAUAGAUAGUCAAACAAUGCACAGGAUUUUAAAUUAUAUUGAUCAAGAAAAUAAUAACAACAAAUGUAAGAAACAUUAUAUUCAUAAUAAAAAGGAAUUGGAGCGUAUACACAUGUGCGAUCCUAUGAAUGAAUUGAAAAUUUUGGAAAAUAAAAAUAUUAUACAUUUGGAUGAGUACAAAAUGUUUACACCAUCAAAGAAUUUUGAUUGCCUUCUUUCAUCGGUCAUUAAAAGGGGAAUAAACGAGUUCAAAAACUGCAUAUAA